CACUCGGAAGUCUCAUACAGAGCACCGAAAGGACAUAUUUUCUUGUACCGUUCUGAUCGUCAUCAAAUCCCAAAUACCGGAAUAAUGGGCCACGGUGAUAAAGGCCGACAUAGCAAGAAACCUAAAUUUUCUUCCAAGGAGAAUCAAAGAGCUUCAGCUGUUGAAGACGAAGAUGCAUACUAUGCUGCAGAUUUUGAAGACGACUAUCGCGAUGGUGAUAGAGAAGGAAAAAAGAGAGAUUUCACCAAAUUGGAACUUAAACCCGAUCACGACAAUCGGCCAUUAUGGGCUUGCGCUGAUGGCCGAAUAUUCCUUGAGACCUUCUCUCCUCUCUACAAGCAAGCUUAUGAUUUUCUUAUUGCCAUAGCUGAGCCUGUUUGCAGGCCGGAGUCGAUGCACGAAUACAACCUUACCCCUCACUCAUUGUAUGCGGCCGUGUCAGUGGGUCUUGAAACUGAGACCAUUGUAGCUGUUUUAAAUAAAUUGUCAAAGACCAAGCUUCCCAAAGAGAUGAUUGAUUUCAUACAUGCGUCUACUGCCAAUUAUGGCAAAGUGAAGCUUGUACUUAAGAAGAAUCGGUACUUGAUCGAAUCCCCAUUUCCUGAGGUAUUGAAGAGGUUGCUUAAGGACGAGGUUAUAUCCCGAGCAAGGAUUUCCACUGAGGGGGUGCAGGGAAGUGAUGGAUUCACGGUGGGAAAAUCAGUGGGUGAAAUAGAAGGUCGCCAUGACGAGUUGCUAAAUGAAGCAGGAUUGGCAGCUGCAGCCGAAGAAAAAGAAACUCAUUCAUUUGAAAUUUACCCUGCUCAGGUUGAAAAUGUAAAGCAACGUUGCCUGCCUAAUGCUUUAAAUUAUCCCAUGUUGGAGGAGUAUGACUUCAGAAAUGAUACUGUCAAUCCUGACCUUGACAUGGAGUUGAAGCCUCAAGCACAACCACGCCCUUAUCAAGAGAAGAGUCUCAGUAAGAUGUUUGGAAACGGCAGAGCAAGAUCUGGUAUUAUUGUGUUACCAUGUGGUGCGGGAAAGUCUUUAGUGGGUGUUUCUGCUGCCAGCAGGAUACGGAAAAGCUGCCUAUGUUUGGCAACGAAUGCUGUAUCUGUGGAUCAGUGGGCUUUUCAGUUCAAAUUGUGGUCAACCAUUCGAGAUGAUCAGAUAUGUCGUUUCACCUCUGAUAGCAAAGAAAGAUUCCGUGGUAAUGCUGGGGUGGUUGUGACCACAUAUAACAUGGUCGCUUUUGGUGGUAAGCGUUCUGAAGAAUCUGAAAAGAUUAUUGAAGAAAUAAGAAAUAGAGAAUGGGGAUUACUUCUCAUGGAUGAGGUUCAUGUGGUUCCUGCUCACAUGUUUCGAAAGGUCAUCAGCAUUACUAAAUCUCACUGCAAACUCGGGCUUACUGCAACACUUGUGAGAGAGGACGAAAGGAUAACAGAUUUGAACUUCCUUAUUGGUCCCAAAUUAUACGAGGCAAAUUGGUUGGAUUUAGUGAAAGGUGGAUUUAUUGCAAACGUACAGUGCGCUGAGGUGUGGUGUCCUAUGACGAAGGAGUUCUUUGCUGAAUAUCUGAAGAAAGAAAAUUCUAGGAAGAAGCAGGCACUUUAUGUGAUGAACCCAAAUAAAUUUCGGGCCUGCGAGUUUCUUAUCCGAUUUCAUGAACAGCAACGUGGUGAUAAGAUAAUUGUUUUUGCUGACAAUCUGUUUGCACUGACAGAGUAUGCAAUGAAGCUUCGGAAACCUAUGAUAUAUGGUGCUACCAGGUUUUGUGGGUGUUUGUUUUUUUAAGGGAUUAUCUUUUACUUGUCCUAUAUCACAUCUGCAAACAUGUAAUGGUUUCUCCAAUGUGCAGUCAUGUUGAAAGGACAAAAAUUCUUGAUGCCUUCAAAACUAGUCGGGAAGUGAACACUGUUUUCCUCUCAAAGGUUCUUUGCACCAAUGAUCAUUUAAUCAUUUAGCUAGCCAGUAGCUUUGUAUAAUUAGGGUUUUAUUUUUGUGAGGCCUUUAUUUAUGGGUUUAUGUUAUCUUCUAUUCUUUACAACUAAUUUAAUUUGAUACAUCACAAUGGCCUUAAUAAUCUCCCUUGUUUUAGCUAGCAAAUAAGUUAUGUGAUGCGUGGUCACUCUUUAGGGUUAACGUGAUGUGCAUGCAUGUUCUUUUUAACAGAAUUUUGCAUGGGAACUUUUUAUUUGUUUGUGUUUUAAUCGAUUCUCAGGCAACACAGAGAACUGAAUCUUGAUUGCUACCAAUGAUUAUAGGAAUAUCCUAUGUUUCCAUAUUGUUGAAUGUAUUUUACAGACUAUACACUGAAAUGUAUGGACUCCUGUUCGAUGAUAGUGAUGUUGUUGCUUCUGUUAUUCACAGGUGGGUGAUAAUUCUAUAGAUAUUCCUGAGGCAAAUGUAAUUAUUCAAAUUUCAUC